AUGAGAGAAACAGAGAUUCAAUUGCAAAUGUUAAACUGGUGUCAUCUUGCCGACGACGACGAACUCCUCUUACAAAUCGUUGAUCGUAUCGAUUGCCAUUUAAACCUCUGCAAAUUCCGAGCAGUUUGCCGGAGUUGGCGUUCUCCUGCUCUCGCUACAUCUCGUUUCUUAUUCUCUGUUCUUCCUCUUCAAAUCCCAGUUCAUGAUCACCAUUUUAGAUCAUUACUGGGUUGUGAAAAUCGUCUUAAGUUCUUGGUUGGAAGUGUUGUUUAUUUGAUUCAACCCCUCAAUCAGAAAAACUUUGAUUCCCCGAAAUUCUGGGUUCUUUGUCUUGAAGAAUUGAAUCCGGGUUUAUUGAAGUUUCGUUACCCUCUAACUAAAAUACCCAUUGAAAAUCUUCCCAAGAAUUUCCCUAAAUCGUUGAAUUCGUUGCGUUUUCGGGUUUCGAUUGUUGGGAAGGGUUUUAAAUUCUGUUUGUCUAAUGGGAAUGAGGAUGUUUUUGAGAGUAGAUUUUUUUAUCAGGGGUUUCAGAAUUGGAGUGAUUUUCCUACUAAAACUAAAGUGCUUUUGUUUGAUGAUGAUAUAUUCGUGGAAAAUUAUGAUUAUUCAUUCGUAGUUCUGAUUCUUAAUCUUGGGGGAAUUUUGGGUGUUAUGAGACUAGGGGUGUGGCAUUACAUGAGAAAUAUUCAUGGUGUUUUUUUCGAUGACAUUGUUAAAUUUAAGGGGAAGGUUUGUGCUAUGGAUCGUAAUGGAGUAGUUUGCGUUAUCGAUGAUCGUGUAUCGAGGGUGAUGAGAGUUAUAACUAGGCCUGUUUGUGUUGGUGAUGCUAAUGGUAGGCGUAAGCUCUUGGCAGAAUCACAUGGGAAGUUGUACAUGAUUGCUCGAGAUUGUUUUAGGUUUCGGGUUUUUAAGUUGAAUGAAAGGCAACAAAAGUGGGAUGAGGUGAAUAGUUUGGAAGAUAGGAUUUUAAUUGUGACUUUUGAUGGUUGUUAUUUUGUUGAAGCAAAGGAUAAUCCAGGAUGUAGAGGGAAUUGCAUAUUUUUUCCUAAGAACUGUUUUCCUAAUUAUUCUAAUGGAUACCACCCUGAUGAUGAAUUGUUUAAAGGAGCUAGCAAGUACCUUGAGGUUGGUGUGUUCUAUCUGAAUGAGGAUCGUGCCCCGCUGGUUUCAUUCUACCUGGGUUUAUCUGAUAUGUUUUGGCCACCUCCAUCAUGGAUUUGGCCGAAUUCAUGCUCUUUUACAUGGGAGUUCGAGAAAAAUGAGCAACAAGAAGACUGCCCUAACCAAAAAGAGGUACUAGGUGAGAAUUGUGAUGAUUUGAUUCCUAGGAGAGACUGGUCGGAGCUCCCCAAAGAAUUGCUCAAAGUGCUUGCUGAUCACCUUGCUACUCGCUUGGAUCACUGCAGAUUUCGUUCAGUUUGCAAAAAAUGGCAUUCUUCCUGCCAUCUUUCUGGAUCCCUCUUAUAUUCUCAGUUGCCUCACCAUGUUAAUCCUAGCUUCAUAUUCGAAAAAUCAAAUCGUUCCAUUUUUCUUGUGGCUAGACUAACCUAUGUUCUGCGUCCCCUUAAUCAAACAAUCCCGAAUUCUGCAAAACCCUGGUUAAUCUCAGUUGAAGACUUGAACCCGGGAAAACUCCUAAUCUGCCAUCCCCUCAGUAAAAUCCCAUACAAGGAUAUGCCAGUAAAUUUUCCGAAAUACUUGAAUCUCCUUGAGUUUCAGGUAUCCAAAGUCAGUUUUGGGUUCAAAUUUUGUAUUUCCAAUGGUGAUGAUAAGGUUUUCAGAGAUUGUGGGAUCUCAAUACCUUGGUCAGACUAUUCUCAUCCUACUAAAGUGGUAAUACUCUCUGAAAAUGCAACCUCUAUUGAAGAUUGUAUAGCAGUUGUCUUAUUCCUCCAUCUAGGAGGCUCAUUCGCUUCAAUUAAUUUGAGGACUAACCAAUGGAGAUAUAUCAGCAAAACCAAACGACAUUGCUUUGAUGAUAUAGUAAAAUUCAAGGGGUAUAUCUGUGCUGUGGACCGUGAAGGGAUAGCUUACCUCAUUGAUGGUCAUAACAUGAGGAUAGUUGAUACUAUCUCAGAGGAGCUGAGUUACCCUUAUGCAAGUAAACAAAGGCGUAAGCUGUUGGUUGAAUCAUUUGGAGAACUCUACCUGAUUGUUAGAGGCCCUUGGGAUUUUAGGGUUUAUAAGCUGCAUGAAGGGCAUCGUACGUGGUAUAAGGUGAAUAAUAUAGGAGAUAGGAUUCUGUUUGUAAGUUUUGACAGCUGCUUCUUUGUUCAAGCUAAAGAUUUUCCAGGGUGCAGAGGAAAUUGUGUUGUAUUCCCUAAGAACUGUUUUCCUCUGUAUUCUGGAGGAUAUGAUCCUGAUUAUGAGCUAUUUAAAGGAGAAAGAAAUCACCUCACAAUUGGUGUGUUCUACUUGGAUGAGAAUCGCUGUAAGCUACUAUCAUCUUACCCGAGCUUGUCUGAGUUAUUCUGGCCACCUCCUUCUUGGUUUUGCCCUGAUACAUACUCCUGGUAA